UGUGCUCAGGCAUCAUGUUCACCACUCCCACUGGCUUCAGCCCUCAUCUGGCUUGCGUUGAGCCCGAGGAGGAGGAGGAGGAGGCCCCGCAAGAAGGCCCGGAGCCCGGGGCCUGCCUGUCUGACGGGCCCAUGAUCACCUCUGCCUCCCUGGACACUCUUAUCCAGAAUCUGGUGCCCACUGCCGACUACUACCCCGAGAAAGCCUAUGUGUUUACCUUCUUGCUGAGCGCUCGCCUGUUCAUCCCUCCUCCGGAAUUACUCGCCAGGGUGUGUGAGCUGUGCAUCAAGCAGCAGCAGCUGGACCAGAGCCCACUGGAUACGGCAAAAGUGCGAAAAUUUGGUCCCAAGAUCCUGCAGCUGCUGACGGAGUGGACUGAGACAUUUCCUUCUGACUUUAGAGAAGAGAAGAUGGUCGGACACCUCAAGGACAUCAUCCGCAGGAUAGCUCCGUGUGAUGAGGCCUACUGGAAAACCCUGAACCAGGUACUACAGAAGCUGAGCCAGAGGCUGGCCCAGAUGAACCAGGGGGAGGAGAGCAUCGUCAAGGUCUCCCUCAACGCCUCCUCCAUCUCUGACAAGCUGGUGGCCUUCAAGACCAAGCCGCCGCCCAUACAGAAGGACAUGCUCUCCAUCUGCAACGACCCGUACACACUGGCCCAGCAGCUGACCCACGUGGAGCUGGAACAUUUAAGUCACAUCGGCCCCGAGGAGUUUGUCCAGGCCUUUGUUCAGAAGGACCCUUUAGAUGGAACACAGCAGCCAUGCUUCAGUGACCAGAAGAAGAAAACGUCCAACCUGGAGGCGUACGUCAGAUGGUUUAACAGGCUCUGUUACCUGGUAGCUACUGAGAUCUGCAUGCCGGCAAAGAAAAAGCAGAGAGCCCAGGUGAUCGAGUUCUUCAUCGACGUUGCCAGGGAGUGUUUUAACAUCGGAAACUUCAACUCCCUCAUGGCAAUCAUCUCCGGUAUGAACAUGAGUCCUGUGUCACGGCUGAAAAAGACUUGGGGCAAAGCCAAGACGGCCAAAUUCUUCAUCCUGGAGCAUCAAAUGGAUCCUACAGGAAAUUUUUACAACUACAGGACUGCGCUGAGGGGAGCGGCCCAUCGUUCUCAGACUGCCAACAGUAACAGAGAGAGGAUUGUUAUCCCUUUCUUCAGCCUUCUGAUCAAGGACAUUUAUUUCCUCAAUGAAGGAUGUGCCAACAGGCUGCCUAACGGCCAUGUCAACUUUGAGAAAUUUGUGGAGCUGGCACGCCAGGUUGGGGAAUUUAUGACGUGGAAACAGGUGGAGUGUCCUUUUGAGGAGGACCGCUCCAUCCUGCACUACCUCCACACCGCUCCAAUCUUCAGCGAGGAUGGACUCUACCUCGCAUCCUAUGAGAGCGAGAGUCCAGAGAACCAGGUCGAGAAGGACAGAUGGAAAGCACUCAGGUGA